UUCCUUAUCCAUUUCUUCAGGAUCACAGUGUCUGUGGGGAAGGACCUGGACUGCAAAUAGUCCCAAAAUAUAUUUCAAACCAUAACUAAUAAGACCGUUAAGUGGCAGGACAGAAAGAGGAAUACACGGAUGUAAUCACGCAGCAUCUUCAGUCGGCAAUAAGGUUGGCAACACGUUUUUUUCCCCAUAUCUUUAUAUUCCUUGCAGAAAGUGAGGUGAACCAGUGGAACAUUGAAGAUGGCAAAGAAAUACAACAUUAUGUCUAUUUUGCUGAUUAUGUUACCAUGGCUUCUCCUCAUCAGUGUUUGGCAACAGAGCAAUAUCACAUCUGUCAUUUUUUCUCAAAAAGUAAUGGCUCGCAAAGACUAUGUUUACCGACGGCCCCCGCCCUGGUCCAAAACCCUUCCUACUCUCCACAUCAUCACUCCCACUUACAGCCGCACAGUGCAGAAGGCUGACCUGACUCGUCUGGCCAACACUCUGCUUCAUGUCCCCAACCUGCACUGGAUCGUGGUGGAGGACUCCAAGAAUAGGACUGUUCUAGUUAGCCGCUUCCUUCAGGAAACAGGGCUUAAAUACACACACCUCAAUGUAGAGACCCCUUCAAACUUUAAACCCAAAGGGGAGACUACAAGUCGCAAAAUACCACGUGGUACGUUGCAGAGGAACCUGGCCCUGCAGUGGCUUAGAGAGACCUAUCCUGUAAACUUCAGCCAGCCUGGAGUCGUUUACUUUGCUGAUGAUGACAACACAUACAGUCUGCAACUGUUUGAAGAGAUGAGGUACACGAAAAAGGUGUCUGUGUGGCCCGUGGCAUUAGUGGGGGGUAUACGAUACGAAACACCCAAAAUAAAUGCCCUAGGCAAGGUGUAUGGUUUUAAAACUAAAUUUGACCCAACCCGACCUUUUGCCAUAGAUAUGGCUGGGUUUGCAGUGAACCUUAGCCUGAUUCUGUCCAAACCUCAGGCUAACUUCCAGUUGCAAGGGGUGAAAGGAGGAUAUCAGGAGAGCAGCUUACUGAAGGAACUGGUGACUCUCAGUGAAUUGGAGCCUAAAGCUUCAAACUGCACUAAGGUAUUAGUAUGGCACACACGGACUGAGAAGCCUUCACUGGUACGUGAGGGCAAGAAAGGAUUUACAGACUUAAAUGUGGAAAUAUGAUGUAUUUCAUUCAUGGGGGGUUCUAGACAGGGGCCAACGGCGGCCAGUGCCCCUGUAAUGGCCCUUGUAUUGAAGACAUAAUACUUAAAAGAAAUUCCAAUGAUGAUAUGUGCUGGAAGGAUACUUAGUUACUGAUAGUACCUUUGGA